AUGUCCAACAUCGAAUCCCGGCAGUCUCCUCGGCCAGAGGUGACCGAAGAGCAGAAGGAUGGCGAGAUCAGAUUCGAUGAUCACAGCGAUCCCUCCAUAUCUGAAAAGGGCUCUUCCAGCUCCCUCACGAAAUGGCAGAGAUUGAAGGCUAGAUUCCCUUACUGGAGACUUGCUGUUGACAUUCUUGUUGGAUGCUUUUUCACCGCAUGGUGGCUUUCCAUCAUCAUUCAAGAUAAGCACAGACACAAAUGGUUGAUCCCCACUGUGCUUUGGGGUAUGCUUAUGGUGCGUUUGAUAUCAUGGCAUUGCAGAAUCCUUUACAUCAUAUACCAUCACGCUGCUAAGGUGUGGAACUGGGCCACCGACAUCGUUUAUACAAGGGUGCUCACCACUAGACCCAGAAGAUUGUUGGUUGGUGCCACCAUCACUGUUGGCGUGGUUUUGCUCGGUACAUUUGUGCCCGAGGAGAUCGAAUUUUCAAAGAGAAAAGACAGAGCGAUCUCUUUCUGUGGUGUGGUGGUAGCCAUCAUUGGGUUGUAUGCUACCUCGAAAAACAGAUCCAAGAUCCAGUGGAACGCCGUCAUUGGUGGUAUGUUGAUGCAAUAUAUCAUUGCCCUUUUUGUUUUACGUACAAAGGCGGGCUAUGAUAUUUUCAAUUUCAUUUCCUUCUUGGCGAGAAAGUUGUUGGGCUUUGCUAAGGAUGGUGUUGCUUUCUUGACCAAUGCAGAGGUAUCGCAGCUUGGUAUGUUCUUCUUUACCGUUUUACCUGCUGUGGCUUUUUUCGUCGCUUUUGUUCACAUCUUUUACUACUACGGUGUGAUCCAGUGGUUUAUUGGUAAGUUUGCCAAAUUCUUUUUCUGGACUCUUCGUAUUUCUGGUGCUGAAGCUAUUACCGCUUCCGCUUCUCCUUUCAUUGGAAUUGGUGAGUCCGCUAUUUUAAUUAAGGAUUUGUUACCCUUCCUCACUCAAGCAGAAUUGCAUCAAGUCAUGACUUCGGGUUUCUCCACAAUCUCGGGUGCUGUGUUGGUCGGCUAUAUUGGUUUGGGGUUGAACGCACAAGCCUUGGUCUCUUCAUGUAUUAUGUCUAUUCCUGGUUCCAUUGCAGUUUCCAAAUUGAGAUUUCCCGAGACAGAAGUUCCAUUGUCACAAGGUAGGGUAGAGUUCCCGGAAGAAACAGACCCAAACAAGAAGCCUCGGAAUGUUCUUCAAUCCUUUUCCGAAGGUGCUACAUUGGGUCUCUAUACUGCAGCCACCAUGUUGGUUCAAUGUAUGUGUAUUAUUGCCCUUGUUGCCUUGAUUAACGGAAUUUUGACUUGGUUUGGUGGUUUCUGGAACAUCAAAGAGUUGACUUUAGACUUGAUUUUUGGUUAUAUCUUCUACCCCGCCACUUUCUUCCUUGGUGUGCCAAGAGACGAAAUUUUGAAUAUUUCGAAAUUGAUUUCCGUUAAAUUCAUGCAGAAUGAAUAUGUGGCUUACAAUAUGUUGGUAAACGAAGCCCCAUACAAUCAGUUGUCUGACAGAGGUAACUUGAUUGCCACAUAUGCACUCUGUGGUUUUGCCAACUUUGGCUCCAUGGGUAUCACCUUGGGUGUCUUGAACACUCUUAGUAAGGGUAAGAGGUCCAGUGACAUCUCCAAAGAGAUUUGGUCUGCAUUGUUCAGCGGUCUCGUGUCGACGAUGAUCUCUGCUGCUGUUGCAGGUAUGGUCAUCCACGACUUAAGUGGUUUUGACAAGAACUAA